CAGCAGCUGCAGGGCUCCUGCUUGACCCUCAUCUCCAGCGUCCAGGGUCUUCCAGCUGGUGUCAUGGCCAAAGUCCAACACCUCCGCCACGCAGUGGAGGACCUCCACGCAUCCUUCUCGACGGCCCACUCCUUCCAUGACAUUUCGGCCACCAUCUUGGCCCAGAGCCGCGAGCGAGUCUCCAAGGCGCGCAAGGCUGUGGAUGAGGUGCUCGACUAUGUG